AUGUCUGAAGAAGAAAAAAACGACCAACCAGCGCCUCCUCCAGCUGUAGAGUCUGAGCUCUCUUCAGAAUCUUCCUCAGACUAUGAUGAGGAACCACGCAUUAACAAGAAAGAAGCAAGGGAAGAUUUCCGCGAAUUAAUUUCAAACCGCGGCCCACGUCUUUCCCGUCAAAUUGAUUCCUCAGAUUCUAGCGGUGAUUUAGAAAGUGAUGAUGAAGAAUUGGACACAAGGGCUCCAAAGAAAGAGCGCGUUAAAAUUAGAAAAGAUGAUUUCGUUGUCGGAGAUGAUGGAUCAGAAAUUUACCACAAGAAAACAAGUUACGCCGUUUCUGCAAAUGCAAACUUAACUUUAAACUCAGAUCAAAUCAAAUUUGCUAAUAAACUUUUCGCUGAACCAACAGAAGCACCACACGUCAUCAAACCUAAGAUGCCAGAAAUUCCUGAUGUCGCUCCCGUCAAUCUCAUUCCAAAGAACGAAUUCGAACGUGAAUGUGAUCGCAUUCCUCACGAUGUCGACGAAUCCAAGAUUGCUGAUGAAGCCAGAUGGAUUAUGGACCAGCACUUCAAGACACGUGGCGGUGGAGAAAGAGAUAUCGAAGCUCUCGUUGAAGUUCUCAAAGAAUUACAUAACGAAAAACACACUCCACAAUUCAUUAUCAACUACAGAAAGAACAUUUACAGAGAUACCGUCAUUGGUGAUGAGGAUAUUUACCAUAUCCAGAACGCAAUUCGCGAAUUCAAGAUUUUCUCAGAGAAACGUAUCAGAAUCCAGCCACUCAUUGAGCAUCUCGGUCUUACAUCAGAUCCUUCAGAUGAUGACCAGAAGACAGCCAUGCUUCGUCACUUCAUUCGUAACGCUGAUGACACAUCUCUCGACGAUCUCUACAAUUUCGAUGAAUUACAGAUGAACCCAGAGACCACACCCAAGAACACUACCUUCAAGCGCAACGCCGAGUACUUCCAAGCUUAUAUCGAUAAGUUCAUCUACUCACCCAUGGAUUUCGUCCACAUUUUGUCUCUCAACAGCUCCCUGAACGAUCCACCAGAGCCACAGACCGAUCCACAGCAGGCUCUCCAGAGCUGGCACGAUGAAUUGUCCACGAAUUACCCAUCUGUCUUUCCAAACAUCGAAGUCAUGACCCGUCAGAUGGUCGGAUUCGCCGCCAAGCAGUUGGCCACACAUCCUCUCUUCAUCGACAUGCUCAGGACACGUUUCUCACCACACAUUGUCAUCAACACACAGCCAACAACUUCCGGAGCCAAGUCAUCCAUGAUGUAUCCGAAGGGCAAGUACGGCUCAAUCAAGCGCCUCAAGAACAAGCCGAUCAUCUCAUUCAACAAGACCGACAAAUGGCUCUUGAUUGUUGAAGCCUUCCAGAGCGGCAACUUGACAUACACGAUCGACACCGACAAAGGCAUUGACAAAGAGAUCGAAGAGAUUUCCACGAAGUACAGGAUGAGGUAUCCAUCCGACUGGGACUCCCUCCGCAAGGACAUUCUCCAGAUGGCAAUCAAGGACUUCAUCUGGCCACAGAUUGUCAAGGAGACAGAGGACGAACUCAAGAAGAACGCUGAGAAAUUCGUCUGCAACGAGAUUGAGACAAGACUCUUCUCACACUUGACAUCUCCUCCUUACACACAGUUGUCAACAUCACAGCCAUACAUCCUCAAGUCCCAGAAGAUCCUCGCAAUGCACUACACAUCCGAUGACACAAAGCGCAAGAUUUACGCUGCAAUGGUAAACGAGAAAGGAAACAUCAUCGAUUCUCUUUACUUGCACUCCAAGAUCAUCGACUCGAAGGUCAUUGUCAACUGGGAUGAUCCUGACAAACAGAUCAAGGAAGGCUCUGCAAACAACCUCGCAGCAAAUGACCUCGAAGUCAUCAAGUCAAAGGUUGCUUUGGUCAAGUUCAUUGAAACACACCAUCCUCCUGUCAUCGCAAUCACAGCUUCAUGCCUCAAGUCUGCUUCUUUGGUUCACGCAAUUGUCGAACUCGUUCACAGCAGAAUCCAGCCAGAGUCAAAUCGUCCAAGAGUUCUUUUGGCUCCUGUCGAACACGCAAUUCUCUACGCUCACAGCCGGGACUGCUGCAAGGCCGAAUUGCACGAACUUCCAAAGGACAAAAGAGCUGAUGGCGCUGAGUUCUUGAUUGCUGCAUCAACAGCCAGAAGAAUGCAGAAUCCAAUGGCAGAACUCUGCAGACUCAUCACACCAAAGAAGAACCAUCUCACUGACUGGGCCAUGACACCUUUCCAGUCUGUCUUCUCCGGAAACAACGACAACACAUCUCCUGUUGCACAGGCAAUCGAAAGAGCCUGCUUGAGAGCCAUCGCAUUGACAGGUGUUGACAUGACAGCGGCCAUUUCCAAUCCAAAUCUCAGGUCAACAGUUCAGUUCAUCCCUGGUUUGGGUCCACACACUGCAGAGAAGAUCAUCGACAUCGCUCAGAAGGACAACAUCAAACAGAGAUCGAAACUCAGAUCAGCACUCCACGAAUUCGAUGACAUGGUUGUCAAGAACGCUCUUCCUUUCAUCAGAUUCCCAAUGGAGAACAAGUUGAACGACGACCAUUCACUCGAAGACAACAAUUACCUCGACGGAACACUCAUCCCAAUGGACGAAUACAACACAGCAAUGGAUAUCCUUAAGAGAGGUUUCUUCGAGUCCCAGUACAUCGAGACAAACAUCAUCGAACUCUUCUCCCGCACUUCAAAGGACACAGACAUCACUGAGCCAGUAAAGAGAUACGUCGCUGUUUCCCACUCAAACAACGAACCUCUCAUCGAAUUCAUCGCUCAGCAGCUGAGAUUAGGUCCGUACGAAACACUCAGAUACCCAGCAGUUGAUUGGGAUGCUCCAAAGCCAAAUCCGAAGUCUCCUCUCGAGAAAUACCAGAGCGACAGAUUGGCCGUCCACGAUGAUGAAAACAACUACUACAGAUGCAUGAGUGACCACGAAGUUUUCGAAGCACUCACAUCAGCAUCCACAGAAACAAUCCAAGAAAACGUCAUCACAGCGAUCAGAAUCGUUAAGAUUGACACAAACAGGAUGCAAGUAAUUGUUGGUGAACACUCCAGUGGCAUCAGAGCUUUCUGCACACAGGAUGUUGCAAACAAUGUCCAGUACUUGAGAAAGACAUUGGACACAAACAUCGAUUCAUUUGAUGGAAGAGACACAUCGAGUGAAAGAGAGUUGAUCAACACAACACACGAUGCUGUAAUCACAAGAGUUGAUGAGAGCAUGGUUUCUAUCGAUGUCUGCUACAUCACAGACAUAAUCGAGAAAGCAAAGGAUUACCACAGAUUGAUCACUGAUGAAGACUCAUUCGAUUUCGCAGGAGAAGAUGAAGCUCGCGCCGAAGCAUUGAGUGCAGAAAAGAACAUGAUUGUCACUUACCAGCCGAGAUCCAUCAACCACAAGAACUUCAAACAAGUUACAAUGGCUCAGGCUGAAGCAGAACUUUCAAACCAAUCUGUUGGAUCAUUCAUAUUCAGACCAUCUUCCAAAGGUAAUGAACAUAUCUCAUUGACAAUCCUCUUCCCGAACAACAUCUGCGCAAACUACGACAUCGUUGAGCAGAACAAACAAAGUGUCGAUGCUGUCGGUAAAGAUUUGUUCAUCAGAGACCAAAAGUUCUCAGAUUUGGAAGAAAUCAAGUGGAAGUUCAUCUAUCCAAUCAAAACUCAAUUGGAGAAUAUCAUGAAACACGAGAAAUGGGUUGAAGAUCCAUCCCAAGCCAAUGAAAUCAUCACUGAAGAGAAGGCAAAGAAUGAGAACAUGUUGGUUUACAGAAUAACAACAUCAAUACAAAACAAGGGUUACUUGGAACUUGUUUGGGAAGGAACUAAAGACCACAGAGUUGUUGAACCAAUCAGAUUAUUCGGUGACAAGAUCUUCUACAGACAACAACAAUAUAAUGAUAUCAGAUCAUUGAUUUUGUUCUUCAAGAAGAUCGGUUAUAAGAAGGAACCAGAAGCAAGACCAAGGCUUAUCGCUCACCAGCCAACAGAUACAGAGAAGAUGCUGGCAAGAAGAACAAAUGCUUCAAACAACAGCAAAGUUAACUUGUACGGAAGACACUAA